GCUGUUUCACUCGGCCGCUGACUUGCAGAGCGUGAACACUCCUCGGCACCCGUCCCACCUUCGAUCUCUUGUCCAACCGUUCCCGGAUUCGCAGACGUCAUCAUGUCCAUCGAGGGAAAAUUCACCUUGGAGACAUCCGAGAAUUUCGAUGAGUUCAUGAAGGCUCUUGGAGUGGGGCUGGUGAUGAGGAAACUUGGCGCCUCGAGCAAGCCCACCGUUGAGCUCAUCAAAAACAACGACGAAUGGACGCUGAAGACUUCCACCGCCAUGAAGACGACAGAGGUCAAAUUCAAGAUGGGCGAAGAGUUCGAUGAGACCACCUACGAUGGAAGGGAAUGCAAGACCAAAUUCACCGUUGAAGACGGGAACAAGGUGAUCCAAGUACAGAACGCUACGAAGGGCAAGAGCGCCAAGUACAUCAGGGAAUUCACGGACACAGAGAUGAUUAUGACAUGUGAGUGCGAUGGAGUGACUUCGAAGCGAAUUUACAAGCGCCAGUGAGAGGCUCAGAUGGCGCACAGCCGAGUGCACAGGAGGACCACCAACUUUGCAGCUCCUCCUUCAGUUAGUUAGUUGUCAGAUCUCAACUCAUCCCGAAUUCUCUUUUGCCUUACAGGAACUUUUCUUUAUUCUCUUGCAACAAUGCUGACCGAGUUUUUAUAACAUUUUGAUGGUAUUAUCAUCGCUCUCUCUCUCUUAUACACAUAUAUAUAUAUAUAUAUAUAUAUAUAUAUAUAUCUAUAUAUAUAUAUAUAUAUAUAUACAUACACAUAUAUAUAUAUAUAUAUAUAUAUAUAUAUGUAAUUUCUUGCUUUUUUCCGAAUUUAAGCCAUCAGCAAUAGAUGUAACAUGAAUAUGCCAUAUAUGUAACAUACUAGCAUUUUUCAAUUUAUACUACAAGUCAAGAGUUUCAUUAAAUAAAGAAUUACUAUUUUGUUCCUAAUGAGCAAAAUUGUACAUAA